AGAGAGCGAGCUCCAUCCUUCCUGUUGGGAGGUUUGAGAUGCGCUGCGCAGACCUCGCUGUUCGCAACUCAUCAUCCUGGCCGACCCCCCUCCUCUCUUUCUCUCUCUUUCCUCCCUUUUCUGUCUGCCACUAGCCUACCUGAGGGGAAGUGCACAAAGCCCAUACGAAUAUCUGGCGUGCCGCCUUGGCCCUGCUAGCGCUAUGCUGCGGUAAACAGGCCGCUGUUUGCGGUGUUUACAGGGGAUGUAGAGAGGGGACCGAGGAGGCACCGCUCUCCCCGCCGGACCGUGUCUGCUCUGCCCGGCCCGCUGCACUGCUGAGCGGCCUGCGAAGCUCACACGAUGUCGACCAGAACGCCAUUGCCCACGGUGAACGAGCGGGACACCGAGAACCACUCGUCGGUGGACGGCUUUGUUGAACCCCCAGUCCCGCCAACAAAAUCUGCGAGUCGCCACAGUCUGCCGAGAUGCCGCAACUCUUUUACCUCCACGGAGGAGCACCCCCAUGUUGGCAAUUACCGCCUCCUCAAGACUAUUGGGAAGGGGAAUUUCGCCAAGGUGAAGCUAGCAAGACAUGUCCUGACUGGACGAGAGGUGGCGGUGAAGAUUAUAGACAAAACCCAGCUAAAUCCCACCAGUCUACAGAAGCUCUUCAGGGAAGUCCGGAUAAUGAAGUUACUGAAUCAUCCAAAUAUAGUGAAAUUGUUCGAGGUUAUUGAGACGGAGAAGACACUUUAUCUGGUGAUGGAGUACGCCAGCGGUGGCGAAGUAUUUGAUUAUCUAGUGGCUCACGGCAGAAUGAAGGAGAAGGAGGCGAGGGCCAAGUUCAGACAGAUUGUGUCUGCAGUGCAGUAUUGUCACCAGAGGAGGAUAGUACACAGGGAUCUAAAGGCAGAGAACCUGUUGUUGGACGCAGAUAUGAACAUCAAGAUAGCUGACUUUGGCUUCAGUAAUGAGUUCACUGUGGGCAGCAAGCUGGACACUUUCUGUGGCUCCCCGCCGUACGCUGCUCCUGAACUGUUCCAGGGGAAGAAGUACGACGGACCAGAGGUGGACGUGUGGAGCCUCGGGGUCAUCCUCUACACACUGGUCAGCGGAUCACUGCCCUUCGACGGACAGAAUCUGAAGGAGCUGAGAGAGAGGGUCCUGCGGGGAAAAUACCGUAUUCCUUUCUACAUGUCCACAGACUGUGAAAACCUGCUGAAGAAACUACUAGUGCUCAACCCUGUCAAACGAGGCAGUUUGGAGCAAAUCAUGAAAGACCAUUGGAUGAAUGUGGGUCACGAGGAGGAGGAGCUAAAACCUCACAUCGAGCCGGAGACGGACUUCGCUGAUUCAACCAGAAUAGAGCUCAUGGUGACGAUGGGCUUCCCAAAAGAUGAGAUCACAGACUCUCUACAAAACACCAAGUACGAUGAAGUCAUGGCCACCUACCUGCUGCUGGGCAGAAAAGCUCCGGAGUUCGAGGGGAGUGAACCUCUGAGCAACAGCGUCCUGGGUCAGCGGCAGCGACCGACCAGCGACAUCAACAACAGCUCCAGCAUCUCUCCGGCCCAUCCCAAGGUCACACGCAGCAUCUCGGCCACGCAGAAGCAGCGCCGCUACAGUGAUCAUGGUGGGGAUGAUGAUGGUGGUGGUGGUGGGGUCGUAGAGAAGCCAAUAGUCGGACCGGCUGUGCCCCCGGCAGUAUCGUACACGAAACGUGGCCAGGCCCUGAGUGUGGAGAGCGACCACAGGGAGGAGUGGGACGGAGCUCGCCGGCUGGAGCUCAACACCUCGAAAGGAGACGUUCCUGCUUCGCCUCUGGGGGUGCAGGAGAGGAAGAAAACUACAAGUGCUGUGGGGACCAAUGGAUCAAUGACUCGCAGGAACACAUAUGUGUGUGAACGAACAUCUACUGACCGCUAUUCAGCUAUUCCCAAUGGCAAAGACAGCAGUUUAACCGAGGUGUCGGGGAGCACCUCAUCGACUGCGAUGAGCUCGACAAGACCUCGUCACAGCAAGUCCAUGUCGUCGUCAGGGCAUCCUUCAAAGAGCACACUGCCCCCCAUCGACGACAACACAGAGCUGAAAUCCAGCUCCUCUCCGCGGGGUCCCUCCACCUCUCCGUCUGCACACAGUAUUAGCACCCCAGAGAAGAACCGGUUCCCCCGGGGCACAACCAGUCGCAGCACCUUCCACGGAGCUCAGCUCAGAGACCGGCGCAGUGCCACCUACAACGGCCCCCCGGCCUCCCCCACACUGUCCCAUGACACGGGGGCUCUCGCUCAGCAACGCAGGGGCACCUCGACCGGGAUCAUCGGCAAGAUCACCUCAAAGUUUGUUCGCAGGUCAGUGAAAACAAACCGGGUUUUAUUCACCACAGUUAAGGUGUAGAUACAUUGUCUUUGGCAUUGAAGUGUAAGCCGUCAUGAGCGCUCCUCUUUUGAAGAAAUGUAUUUCUUUGACUACUUAGUCCGACAAAAUCAUGGAAGUUGUUUUAUAUAACUGUCUGACAUUAUGACUAAUCUUUGCUUACAGAUAUUACACUUAAUGUCAGUUGUAUUAGCUCUACUCGAUCGAAAGAAAAGCCCAUUUAAACUGUUACAUAGCUCCGGUCCAACUAAUCUCUACAAGUUUUGCAAUUUAACAUUUUUAAUGUAUGUCAUCUGCUUUCAUUGUUGAAAACAUUCUCUUUACAUGCAUCCACAAUAUGAAUCUGAACACUUUUUUAUAUCUAUAGCUAUACAAAGUAAAGCGGAAACUGAUGGCAAUAGUUUUUAAGGUAUUUACUGUAGUCAUAAACAC